AUGUCCUUCGUCCCCAUUAAAGGCAAUCGGAUCCUACUACUCGCAAAGUACUGGGACUGGCCCGACUUCGACUCGAAGGGUAUCAAGUCAAGCUCUCUACACCUAUCAAUCCACGAAAUCCGCUCCGAUCUUCGUGUUGGUUCUGCUCUGUGGUCUUUCAACGGUAGCGUUGAUGGUCGCUUCGAUAUUCGUCAUUUGGAGCUGAUAAAAUCCACCGAAAAUGAAUUGGGAAUCACUUUUUGGGCGCCAUUUGACAACCAUUGGAAGCUGUUCGACGUGUCUACUACUGAAACCAACACCUCGAAUGAUUUUCCUCUAAUUGAGUCGGGGAGAAUUGAUUUUGAUCUAAAGUUGAAGUCGAAGCCGGAGGACGAUGAGAACCUCGUCAUACUAUCCCCUGACAUGCACAUUCUCCUCAACGUGGAUUUGGAGAACGGUCGACACAACGAAACGAUUGACAUUCACUAUUUGGAUUCUGGUGGUACAAGCUUUUCCUUCAUUACCUGCCUGUCUAUUCCCGUCGCAGAAACAGAAUUUUCACCAGAAUUUGCAUUUUCUGCUGAUGGGUCCACGUUUGCUGUGUCUAUGGAGCACGGCGGCGUAUUUGUUUGGGAUAUCCGAAGCAAAGUUCCUUUACAGACAUACAUGGAAUUCCCAGGCCCGCCCGAGUACUCUUCCCAGCCUCGUCGAUUCCCUCACUUUAGGAGUGGAAAUUUAGGAAAAGAAAUUUUGGUAUUUGCAGAGUAUGAUCGUGAUUCCCCUUCUGCAAUUAUUCAUGUGAUCGAUGCGACGUCGUUUGAGAUGGAAGAAAGGCUUAUCUUAAAGAAUGAGCACGGUGAUUGGUCUAGCCUUUUCUUUGAUCCAUGCGGGGGAACUCUGUAUGCAGAACUUCACGGCACAAUCUACGAGUGGGACCUGCAGAAAAAGGAGCCUGGUCCCGAAUGGUGGAUUGGGGAGGAGUAGGAUGUCCGGCUCGACAAAAGUACUGUUCAUUAUGCUGUUUGUAGUUCAUGAGAAUAAGUAACGAGUGUUUAAGAAAAA